AUGGCUGAGGCAGAACCAUUCUUAGCAGAUGGCAAUCAGGAAUUAUUUCCCUGUGAAGUCUGUGGAAGACGCUUUGCAGCAGAUGUUCUGGAAAGGCAUGGACCAAUAUGUAGAAAACUGUUCAACAAAAAGCGUAAAGCUUUCAAUUCCUUAAAACAAAGAUUACAGGGCACUGACAUUCCCACUGUGUGGAAGGCUCCUCAAUCCAAGCCUCAACCCAUGAGAAAAUCUAACUGGAGACAACAACAUGAAGACUUCAUUAAUGCGACUCGAUCAGCAAAGCAGUGUACACUAGCCAUUAAAGAAGGCCGGCCUCUCCCACCUCCACCCCCUCCGUCCAUCAACCUAGAUUAUAUUCAAUGUCCAUAUUGUAUGAGGAGAUUUAAUGAAACCGCCGCCAGUCGACACAUUAAUUUCUGCAAGGAUCAAUCUUCUCGCCGAGUCUUUGAUCCAGCCCAGGCAGCAGCCAAAUUGGCAUCCAGGGUACAGGGUAGGGUUCAGAUGAGUCCAGAAAAAGGAACGACUGUAACCAGUGCAGUGGGAGCUCUGCUGCAGAACAGGGCCCUGGAGGCCAGUGUGGUCCCAACCAGGCCAGGAUUAGCAGUGGACCCUGCUUCUGGAGCAAAAUUCAGGCAAGGAUUUACUAAAUCUUCUAAAAAAAGAUUAACUCCUAGAGGCCAGGUAAGAAAAAAAAAAAAAUUAACCUCUAAUCCAGGUGUUGCCGAUCAUCCAAUGGGCAAGACAGUUAAUGAGCCUUUAAGAGAAUGA